AUACAGGAUUUCCUAAAAAGAAAUCUGGACUCUUUACAGCACUAAUCAGUCCCAAAUCAGACAAAACAGGCCUUCAUCCAGCAGCACAAUCAGAUACAUUUAGGGAAGUUACUCAAGAAAAGGAGAAAUACUGUGAGGAAAUCAGCAUGAGCCCUGAUAAAGUGUAUACAAUAGUGUUGGACAUGGAGCUGCCUGAGUUCCAGCCACAGGAUAGUAAGCACAGGGAAAAUGUUGGAGCCAGCAGUCCAGAUGUAUCCAGAUGUUCACAGGGAGCAGAGCUUUGUGAUGUAACACUCAUAGAAGUUUCAAGUAUAGAAUCUCCUGAGAAGAAAGCUGGAGUGUUUAAAACAUUAAUCGCACUUGAAUCAGAUGAGACAAACUUGAAAAUCAAUUAUUUAAAGAGUCAUGCAUUAAAAGAGUCCCAAGUGGCAGACUCACUGCCAGAAAAUCCCUUGGUAGUUCUAAGAACAGAAUUGGAGGAGGUAAAUUCUACAAUUGCCAAAAAAUUGUCAUGUAAAGGAAACCUAGAAACCCACAAUGAGGUGUCGAAUUCCUCCAAAUCAUGUGGCAGCGUUGCUGAGUGUGAGCUCAUUGGUGCAAAUGCAGCAGAAACAACAUUUCCGGAUGGCAAACAAGAGGAGAUGACAGAUUUCUGUCACACUGAAGAGCAAACAAUGAGCUCAGGCUUGUGUACUGUGGAGGGGGAUGCCUUAACUGAAAAACAAAUACCUGCUGGUGACAAACAGGUGACUGUUGCUGACACUGCACAGGACACAGGUACAGCAAACUUGGAGAUGGCAGAGGAGGAAAACAUGGAAGAAGAAAGUGAGCCUGAACACCCAGAGUCCAAACUUUCAAAAGUGCCAGACAGACGAGACAAAGUUACACUGCCAUUUGAAGAAAGUGAAUUAAAGGUGCCUGCAUCGCUGGAUGACACAGAGGUGACACAGGGACAGGUGCUCCAGCUUCCUCCCACCAUCCAAAGAAAGACUUGCAGGCUAGGUUAAAUGGUGUAUCCGAAAUUGUCCUUAGGCGUGAAUGUGACUGGUUGACUGUCUAUGUGUGGCCCUGCAAUGGACUGGCGACCUGUCCAAGGUGUACCCCGCCUUUCGCCCAAUGUAAGCUGGGAUUGGCUCCAGCCCCCCAAAACAUCCUGUACACAGGAUAAUAAUAAUAUGAAAUUAACUUGAUUGUCGGUGUGGCAUGCUGGGCGGGAGACACGCAGCUCCUCUUGGGAUGAGAAACUACGAAGUGACUCCACAUCACUCCCCAUGCCUGUGUUUUGGGUUGGCAUUGAUGGCAUAUACAUGCUAUAUAAAUCAAGUAUUGGCCACCGAUUUUUAUUACCAACUGGAUGAUUAAACAAGUGACAAAUUUGGAGUUUCAAAUCAAUCUGAGCUUUUAAAAUCAUUACAGCAACUAACUUUAAAAACUUAA